AUGGGCGAUGAAGAAGCAGAUGUAAUGCACAUGUUCAUAAUCCAGUCUUGGUUCAAGAGAAAGAUGCUUCCCCUUAUUGAUUUUAUGGACUACCUAGUGCCUAUAUUUGCAUUCCUCUCUUUUUCCCCAUAUUCAUCCAACUCUGUCGAUGAGAAGUUCCCAGAAAUGAAGUCAG